AUAAGUUAGAAGGAGACAAACAUACUUUCUUUCACUCUAACUAAUUGCACUAGUGCAGCAGUGCAACUAAAACGAACAGACCUAUUGUUGAUUUAUUAUUGACAGUUGGCACACCAAUUGGCAAUUUUAUUUACAUUGCUUGCACGAGAUGGAGUCCGAUUAUGAUGAAGAUCGUAGUGGUUGGGGAGAUGAGAUGAAUCGAAGUGAUGACUGCAGUGGAGAGGAUACAUUUGAUAAUCCACAAGAAGUUUUGAACGAAUGUCUGGAUAAAUUCAAGACUCCAGAUUACAUAAUGGAGCCUGGCAUUUUUGCUCAGCUUAAACGAUACUUUCAAGCUGGAGGAAAUCCUGAACAAGUCAUUGAAUUAUUGUCUAAGAAUUAUACAGCUUGUGCACAAAUGGCAAACCUUCUUGCGGAAUGGCUGAUUCUUGCUGGGGUAAAAGUUACCGAUGUACAGGCAAUGGUAGAAAACAAUUUAAAGGAUAUGAUUCUCAAAACUUUUGAUCCCAAAAAAGCAGACAAAAUCUUUACAGAAGAGGGUGAAACUCCGGCUUGGUUGACCGAAAUGAUUCAGCAUCCCACUUGGCGAUCCCUUAUUUAUAGGCUCGCGGAAGAAUAUCCAGAUUGUUUAAUGUUAAAUUUUACUAUCAAACUUAUAUCUGAUGCUGGAUUUCAAGGUGAAAUUACAAGUAUUUCAACCGCAGCUCAACAAAUUGAAGUCUUUUCACGUGUAUUAAAGACCGCAAUUGCUGGUUUUCUUGAAAAUACAGAAAAUUGGCAGUCCAGUAUACAAGAGUGUGCAAAAAUGGUGUGUCAUGGUCAACACACUUAUGUAUAUAGUCAAGUCCUGUUGCAAAUUCUUGCGCAGGAAUCUCGCGGUGGUUUUAUGAUGAAGAGGCUCUCUCAAGAAAUCACCAAGUGUGCUCAGCAAAAUCGACAUGAUGUCACUCCAAUAACAAUGGCUCUGAAUGGUGCUGCCAGUAGCCCUGGAGCAUGUCAAGCAUUAGCAUCUAUGUUAUCGAGAAAUACUUUAAAUCCAGCUGAUAUCACUGUAUUAUUUAGAAAUUUCUCUACAUCAGAGCCACCUCCUAUUGAACUGUUGCGUAAUCCACAAUUCUUAGAAUUACUGGUUGAUGCACUUUUUAAACCUGGUGUUAAGAUAAAUCCUGAACAUAAAUCAAAAUACAUAUAUCUAUUGGCUUAUGCAGCAAGCGUAUGUGAAACAACUAAAAAGGGCAAUACGCGUAAAAUUAAUAAAGAUGAAUUAAAAACGACUAUUCAGGCAAUUGAGAAAGUACACAAUAUAUGUAAUAUAAAUAAAGGAUCGACUGAAUUAAUAGCAGAAUUACACACUUUAUAUCAAUGCAUACGGUUUCCUGUUGUAAGUGUGGGUAUAAUUCGAUGGGUAGAGUGUACUGUAACAGAACCAUCGUAUUUCAAAUUAUGUACAGAGCAUUGUCCUGUACAUCUUGCUUUAUUAGAUGAAGUUGUAGUCUGUCAUUCUCUGUUACAUACAAAGAUAUUAAAUUUACUUGUGCACUUAUUUGAAAGCAAACAAGAUGAAUUAGAGAUACUUGUACAGCUGGAAAUGAAGAAGAUGUUAAUUGAUAGAAUGGUGAAUUUGUUGAGUAGAGGCUGUGUAGUACCUGUCGUAUGUUAUAUUAAGCAAUGUUGGCAACGUGGAGAUACAGAUGUAUCUUUAAUUAGAUAUUUUGUCACAGAGGUUUUAGAAGCAAUAGCCCCUCCAUACACAGCAGAAUUUGUACAAUUAUUUUUGCCAAUGGUAGAAGAUGAAGAGAUUACUGGAACUAUGCGUGGGGAAAAUGAAAACGAUUUAGUUUCAGAAUUUAUUGUACACUGCAAGACACAUUGUUCUGUUUUAAGAUGACGCUAUAAAAA